AUGAAUAGUAGAUCAAUAAUAGAAUUACCGCAAUUAAUAAUAGAUCAAAUCAUUGAAUUAAUAAAAGAUGAUAUAGAUUUAAUAUGUUUGUUGUUAACUUGCAAGAGAUUACUAUCAUUUAAGAAAAGAUAUAGUUUUAAAGAAUUAUGUAAAACUAUACGACUUGACGAGAGUGACGUUGUUUCAAAGAGAACAUUGUCAACAAGAACUUAUCGAUGGGAUGGAGAAUACUUUGAUGGUAACAAGAUUGAAAUUGAAAGAAUAGCUAGAUUCUAUUCAACCAUCAUACAUAGAAUACACCAACAAUUUAGUAUGCCUUUAUUUCAAGAUUUGUUAUUAAAUGCAUUGGACAAGUAUUUGUUGAUCAAUGAUCUCAAUUCAAUUGGAAUGUCAGAGAUGGGAGACGAUCAACUUGGACUUCAACUACAAUACAUUGUCCAUUUCAACAAUCCCUUUUUAAAGAGAAUAUCAAUUGAUUUGUUUGGAAAGGUAUUGGUUGAACGAAUACACACUCUAUUCCUACCAUCAAACUAUCAAUAUUCAUUGGAUGGUUUGGAUAAACUAGUUAAUCUAAAUACUUUGGUUAUGACUAGUUUCAAUAACAACAAACAAAUUGAAAAAGAUCAAUUACCAAAAUCACUCAAGAGGUUGUUCAUUCGUAAUCAAAUGAUAGAUGGGUCAUUUCAAGAUGGAGCUCUUUAUAAAGGAUUAGAAGUAUUUUCUUUUAUUGGAGAUACUAUUUAUUCUGAUUUUAGAUUUGGUCAUCCUAUUACUAUACAUACAUUCCCAAUGACACUACGUGUACUUUGUCUACCGUUAUCGUUCAAGUAUCCAACUGACCCUUUACAACCUGGGUUUGUACCACUACCAACUAGUCUAGAGGACUUGUGGUUAAGUACCAUUCAACCAAUUGCAACUGAAACAUUCCCAUGUCCACAUUUGAAACGACUAUCAAUUGUCUCUGGAUCGAUCGUCUUUUCAAAUACCAGUGUCAUAUUGCCAUCCGAUAUCGAGUAUCUCAGUUUAGAGUUUAAUAGAUGUCAAGAUGUUUUACCUGGAUUGAUUCCACCUCGAGUCUGUCGGCUACAUCUUAGACUGUUCAAAGUACCAAUCUCUUCAUUGACCAUCCCAUCAUCAGUCACUCAUUUAUUCUUGCAAAAUCAACAAUCGAGAAUACCCACCAACUACUUUAUCUUUGGUCAUCCAAACUGUCAAAUUAAAUAUCUAAAGAUACAAGACUAUAGCUUUGAAAUCAAUUCAAGUACAUUGGCAGGAUACAACAAUAGGUCAUUGGAAAAGUUGGAUAUUGGUAACGGUACUAUAGAUGAGUACAAAGCAAUACAAGUUGGUUCAAUACCUUGUAAUGUAAAGACACUCAUUCUAAGAAGAUAUCCAAUAGAGAUUGUGAGUGGGUUGAUUCCACAGUCUGUACGUGACCUAAGAUUACACAGUUACAACUUUAGUCUUGGCAAGAUUGAAUUCCCAAAACUAUUGGAAUCAUUCUUUUCAACAACUGAACGGUCUAGACCAUUUGAUACGACAGGUCUCUUGGCGACCUCUGCCACUUCCCUACGUCGUCUCGAAUUGGAUAGGGAAUUUCCAAUGGAUGUUAAACCCGCCACAUCAGGUAUCAUCAUUAAAGAUUUUAAGAAUCUUGAACAAUUACAUUGUUGUGAUAUUACAACAGGGUUUAAUAGUGAUAAUCUAUCAUCAACUAUUAUAGAUUAUCAAAUACCAUAUAAUACUACGGUGACUGAAUUAUUCAAAUCACACUCACAAUACAAUAAUAAUAAUAAUAAUGGUAGAAUACCAAAACAUAUUAAACAUAUCACGUUAAAGAAAUCAGUAGAGCAACUAACCGUUGGUGAUAUUGCCAAUCUACACAGUUUCUCUAUCUUGCACCAUCCAGAGUUGUCGUCAAUAGACAUACGUAUUCUGGAUGAUCAUCACAUACUGGUGUUUUCACAAACCACCAAAGAAGGAGGAGUACUUAGGUACACUGAUCCCUCGGUAUCAAAUGUACCCAUAGUCAACUAUUUACCAAAUCAAAUCACCAAAUUUAUCUAUUCUUUAGAUUAA